AUGCCACCAAGCAGUUGGUGUGAGGGGCCGGAGUUUCACUCCCCAACACAGGCUCUGCCUUGCCAGACAUUAGCGAUGGAACUCCUAGAGACCAACCCGUACUUCUUCACAGACCAACGCUUUUAUGACGGAGAAAACUACUUGAGCCCCCGCUUGCACAGCUAUGAGCCGGCAGCCUACCAAGACCGGGCGAGCAUGAGCCUAUGCCCUGAGGGCCGGGCUGGGAUAGAGGACAAGGCCUCAGCCCUGCCAGACCACAGUCCGGGCCAGUGCCUGCCCUGGGCAUGCAAAGUAUGCAAGGGGAAGAGCGUCUCCAUCGACCGGCGUCGUGCCGCCACCCUGAGGGAGAAGCGCCGGCUGAAGAAGGUGAACGAGGCCUUUGAAGCUCUGAAGCGGAGCACUUUACUGAACCCGAACCAGCGGCUCCCCAAGGUGGAGAUCCUGCGCAGCGCCAUCCAAUACAUCGAACGCUUACAAGCCCUGCUCAGUACCCUCAAUCAGCAGGAGCGGGACCAGCGGGAACUGCGCUAUUGUAGCAGCACCAGCACCCAGCCAGUGGUGGCUAGUGACCAUGGAGCGAGCAGCACUUCAUGCAGCCCAGAAUGGAGCACCCAGCUGGAGUUCAGCACCCAUCCUGGAGAUCAUUUGCUGAGUGACGACUCUUCUGAAGACCGCAAUCUUCACUCUCUGUCUUCAAUUGUGGACAGUAUUGCUGUGGAGGAUGUGGCUGCUGCGUUCCAGGAGGAGAGGGCUCAGAACUGA